AUGGCAAUCAAUUCGAGGGUCGACAGCAAAUUCAAGAAAAUUUGUGUUUUUUGUGGGAGCAACCCGGGUUACAGAAAGAUCUUCAGCGAUGCUGCUAUAGAUUUGGGGGAUGAACUGGUGAAUAGAAAUAUAAGUUUGGUUUAUGGUGGUGGAAGUGUUGGGCUGAUGGGUUUGUUGUCCCAGAGAGUGUAUGAUGGUGGUUGCCAUGUUCUUGGAGUAAUCCCAAGAGCUCUAGUCCCCAUUGAGAUAUCAGGAGAGACUGUUGGGGAGGUCAAAGUUGUUUCCGACAUGCACGAGCGUAAAGCGGAAAUGGCUCGGGAAGCUGAAGCAUUUAUUGCUCUUCCAGGAGGAUAUGGGACCAUGGAGGAGCUAAUGGAGAUGAUAACAUGGGCACAACUUGGAAUUCAUAAAAAACCGGUUGGUUUGUUAAAUGUCGAUGGCUAUUACAAUGCAUUGCUCACAUUAUUUGACAAGGGUGUUGAAGAAGGCUUCAUAAAGCCAAUUGCUAGGCAGAUAGUUCUUUCGGCUCCUACUGCCAACGAACUUUUAACAAAGAUGGAGCAAUACACUCCAUUACAUGAUGAUGUUGCCCCUCGUGAGAGCUGGCAGAUGGAGCAACUGGGUAGUUACCCGACCGAAAGGGAAAUAUGA